AUGUCCAUUCUCACAACAAAGAACCCCCAUAUGUUACUCCUGUUCCAAAACAGAAGCCUCAUCACCCAUUUGUCUCUUCAACAACAACAAAGAGAAGAAGAAGAAAAGCGGCAUUGGAGCCAGCUGAUCACCCAAUGUGCAAGAAGCAAGCAACAUGACCAAGUACUGCAUCUCUUUUACACUAUGCACCGUAGUGGACUGAGACCUAGCCGGAAUUCCACCAUAUCCUCCCUCAAUGCUUGCAGCCACUUGUGCUUACUGCCACAGGGGACACAGCUCCAUGCAUUAACAAUCAAAGCUGCCUUACUGUCCCCGCCUGAUGUUGUCGUCUCUAAUGUUCUCAUAGACAUGUACUCUAAGUGUGGGCUAUUAGAUGAGUCACACAAAAUUUUCGAUGAGACCCACCACAGAGAUUUGGUCUCGUGGAUCUCCAUUCUUUCCGGUUACUCGCGAAAUGGGCUUCACGGCAGUGCCCUUGAGACUUUCUUUGAUGUGCAUAGUUUGGGCAUGGGGUUCAGCGACUAUGGGUUUUCUGUGGCCUUUAAAGCAUGUGCAGCACUCGGUGAUAUCCGCCCAGGGUUACAGAUACAUUGUUUGGCAACCAAGGUGGGUCUCGACUCAGAUGUGUUUGUCGUGAGCUCAUUACUUGACAUGUAUGCAAAAUGCGGGCGAAUCACAAGCGCCCGCCACGUGUUCAACACAAUUGACGAGCCGAACGUCGUCUCCUGGACCUCAAUGAUCUCAGGUUAUGUGCGUAGCGAAGAUGGAGAGGAGGCCUUGCGGCUCUUCAGCCAGCAGCUGAGGGUUGGAAUUGCCCCCGACCCUUUCACGUUUUCGAGUGUGCUCGCUGCCUGUGCCAGCCUUUCGGCUCUCGACCCAGGCCAGCAGGUCCACGUUCAUGUGCUCAAGUCAGGGCUCGGUUUGCAGUUAUUUGCUGGCAAUUCGCUCAUCGACAUGUAUGCCAAGUGUGGGUGCCUGUCAGACGCCACAAGGGUCCACGCUCACAUGCAGGUGAGAGAUGUUGUCUCAUGGACUGGGAUGAUCAAUGGGUGCGCCUCACAUGGGCAUGGGUUAGAGGCACUACGGCUCUUCACUCAGAUGAAAAGCGCCGGGAUAAGACCAAAUGCAGUCACCUUAGUGUGCGUAUUAUCAGCUUGCAGCCAUUCGGGCCUGGUCAAAGAGGGGCUACGCCACUUCCAUUCUAUGAGGGACGAAUAUGGGAUUGAGCCGACAGAGGAGCAUUUCACAUGUGUUGUUGACUUGCUUGGGCGUGCUGGUCUUGUGAAAGAAGCAGAAGAGUUCAUGAGGCAUAUGCCAUGUGAGCCCAGUGCAUCUGCAUGGGGGGCCUUAUUGAGCGCAUGCAGGAAGAAUGGGAAUGUGCAUUUGUCGGCGAAAUGUGCGGAUCAACUGUUUAGAUUGGAACCUCAUGCAGCUGCAAAUCAUGUUCAGCUGGCCAAUAUUUAUGCAGCUAGUGGGAGGUGGAAAGAUAUGGGCAGGGUCAGAUUACUGAUGAAAGAGAAAGGGAUCAAGAAGGAGAGCAGUUAUAGUUGGAUCGAGAUGGGGAAGAAAGUGAAUGUGUUUGGAGUGGGUGACAAUUUGCACCCAAAGAGUGACGUGAUUUACUUCAUGCUCGGUAUACUGGCCAUGGAAAUGAAAGAUCAAGGCUAUAUUCCCACUAGUGAUCAUGCAUGGGGAAGGCAGGAAAAAGAUACAAAACCGUAA